AUGAAGUUCUUUUCAGCUAUUGCUGGCAUGUGCCUUGUGGGCAUGGCGACUGCGGUCGACAUGGCAAAGUACUCUGCCGAGAAAGGCGUGGAGCCGGAGUUCCAGACCUACCUCAAGGAACUCUAUGCAUCAGCCGAGGAUCCUGCAUCCACGACAGGCUUCACCGACCGCUUCACACCUGCUGGCCAGCUCAUCGUCCUCGCAAAUACCGCCAAAGGUGCAAAGGAGAUCUUGGCUCUCAAGCGACAGCUUCUGCCAACUGAAGGAAACAAGCACUGGAAUCACUUCCCUAACGUCACAUCGGUUGACUCGGAGUCAAGUGCGCAGAAAGUGUACCAAGUGCUUGGAGUCAUCGAGACCACCUACGAUCAAGGGAAUUGCUCAGCUGCUUAUUAUUCGAGCCGGUUCACUGUUACAAAGGACAACAGCGGUGCAGUACAGCUCAACACUUACAAGGGUACUCUAGUUGCAUACGACGACUUCGUCGUUCACCCUGAUGUCACCCCGACUGCCAUUGAGUGUGGGAUCUGA